AACUGUCAGCCACCACUAAACUAACCUAACCUUUCUUCAAGUUUCAAGUUUCAAAAGUUUCAAAACGAAAACGCCGAAAACUGAUUAUCGAUAUAUUGUACAUAUUUACACAGAAGAGUUUUGUCGAAAUAGAUCAAAAGUUCCAAUCCUAUUUUAAAUUUUACACUCCGUUUAAAAUUUCAAUGGAAAAUGUUUGAAUGGGUGGAACAAGACUUGCGUCAUAUAAGAGACGGUGAGCCUAAACGUCCUGAAAGUUUAAUUGAGAUGCCUAGUAUGGUUCCUGAAGUCCCUGAAGUUUCUCUUUGUUUCACUGGUACACAAGAGAAAAAUCAAUCUGACCCAUACCUACGUUCCAAUGUUGAAUAUAGGACUACUGCAGUUCCUUCAGACCAUCGUCAUCAAAGACCCCCCCAAAAUGAAAUGCUCCUAAGAAAUAAAAAUGAAUCUUAUAACACUUGGAAAGCAAAAAAUGCUCAGACUUUACAUGACAUCACUGGUGGCCUGGAUCGACCCAAUGAUUCCAAAUCUUCCGUAACAAAGAAGUCUGCAGGCUUAGUGAGAAAGCAAAACAGCGGAAAUGGUAUGUAUUCUCCAUCGACAACUUCUGCAAAAGGUUAUUCUGAUCAGGCCAGUAAUAAUGGUUCCAGUACUGAAUAUAGGCCUGGAGUUAAUGAUCAUCUGCGAAUGACAGCAUUAAAACAGUUUGGAAAUGAGCGUUCAGCAGAACAUCACCUCGCAGAUUACACGUCACAUACGCUUCCUUUCCAUCAGCACCAAGCUCAGCAGUCUAUUGAUAAUGUCAGAAACCCAUCAAGUCCAUCUUCUAUUUUGCGAAACCAGCAUAGUUGUAAAGACAGAAUUGUUGGCAACAUACCUUAUCCUUAUCAAACUAGAGAAAAUUGUAAUCCUGGUUUUUGUGCUCCUAAUUAUUGUAACCCGCUUCAAUGUUCCUGUGUAAAGUGUAAUGGACCCCAAGUGAAUCCUAUGAAUCACUGUGCAAGUGAUCAGGUUCAGGAGACAAGAACUAAUAUGCAGUUUGUUGAUCCUACAAAGGUGUUUCCUUUAGAUCCAGGGCUAAUCAACAAUCAUUUGAGUAGUUUGUUCCAUUUAAUAAACAUUCAAAACGAACAAAUCUCUAUGUUGUGUCAAGAAAUGAGCAGUCAGAAGUCGGCUACAUCUGCCUUACAUGAUGAUGUUAAGAAAAUAUUCACCACUGUGUCUACAAAUAAACAAAGUAACUGUGAAAAAUCUCCAACCAGGGAGAAGUCCUGCCGAUGCUGUAACUGUGAGGAUCAGGUUGUCACAAAUAAAAUGUCUGAUGAGAAAGAAAGCGGUCAACUGAAGUGUAAUGUUCAAUCAAAUAACGAACAACCACCUGCGACCUCUGAUAAAAUAGAAAAACGAUCAGUAGGUGUUAUGACAAGUUCUAUAGACAAUGUUAAUAAAGAUGUUUCAUGUGAGAGAAACAAACCUCAAGGAGUUAAAGAAAAAUUUCCCAAAGAAAAAGCACCCAAAGGAAAGGAGAACGUACAGAAAGCAAGCAAACAACAAAAACCCAGAGUGGUCAAUUCUUCAUCCAACAAGCAAACUAAUCAAAAGGAAGAAAAGAGGAAAUCUCACGAGUCUGUAAAGAAACGAAACAGCAAAAAGGAUGAAUCUAACGAUAGCUGCCAGAGUGAAGAUUCAUUUUCAUUGGAUGAAGCAGCCAUUGGAAUGAGGACGGAGACUGAACCAGGUGAUGUUUCUCCUGAUGUUUCCAUCCACGUUAACAUGCCAGAUUAUUCUGCUUCCUCGGCCGAAAGUGAGACUUCAGAUAGUUUUGACAGUGAAGAAGAAGGACAAAUUUCAGACGGAGAGUCUUCAGACCCUCAGAUUGGAUGGACAUUUUACGACAGAGUUGUUGGGCAAGUAAACAACAUGUUAAAGAAAUCAUCAGGGGAUCCUAGACAAGAAUACACUCGUUCUCAAAGAAAGAAUGAAGGAAAUGUCCUUUACCAAUGCAAUGGAGAUUACGAAACUGAGAAUAAUUGGUCUAAAAGGGUGACUUUUGACGGCCCACCGUUAGAAGACAGUGACAACAAUGGCUUACACAUGCCUCGAUACCAUCAGUUCAGGACCAAUCAAGACUACAGAGUGCCUGUUGCUGGCGGCCAAGACCUGUUGGUGUGUGACUACGCCAACGGAGGCAACAACCUGUCCCUAGUCAAUGGCAGCACCAACCUGUCAUUCGCUACGUACAGAUACUACCAGCGACACCAGCUGCUGCCCCCACCACCUACCACUGACCCAAUGUUCUUCAAACAACCAAUGAAAAAGAAGAAAGAAUCUAAGAAAAAGGAGAAGACGCCCCCGUCACAGAAGAGUCAAAAGAUGAGAAAUGGAAGACCACCCUCUAAGAUUUUGGACGUGUCCGCAUUGAAACACCAACCUAAGUUGUUCUAAUCAGACCAUACUCUUAGUUGAGGAGUAGCCUAAAUCCCACAGUUGGCUUAUACAUAACAAGGUUAUCAAUAAAGGUAUAUAUAGGAGUACAGCUAGCUAAUUUGAGAAAAUUAUAAAGAUUUGAAAUUAGAUGCUAAAUAGUGCUUAGAGAUCUUUAACAUGUUCACUGCUAAUUGCAGGUAUAUGAUAUUUUUUAAUUCACAAUUUAUAGGAUUCAAUUUAUUUAAUUUAUAUUAGCAAUCCAUAGUGAUAUUAUCAUCGUAGAAGAAGUCUUCUACGAUGAUAUUAUCACUGUUAUGUUGUGGGACUCUAUAAGCAGCCUGGACUAGGCUUACUUAUUUUCUCAGGUAAACGAGCUGAGAUUAAUCCCCUUACGAAAACCUUAACCAUAGCUUAUGCAACUGGUUAUGAAUUUAUGUAAAUGCCAGCUUUGCUUUAAAUACCAAAAACUAUUUAUAUGUAAAACCAUUGAAUAUACACCUACUAGAGUAGACUAAUGGAGGCUACGACUAUGGUUACCUGAACACAGUAGCUUCAGCGGUCUGAACUACUCCCCCUCGUGUAUGUCGGUAAUGCAGUUUGGUUGAUUUUUUUAAAUAUUACGUUCAUUGUAGGCUGUAAAAUGUCAUUUUUCUAAAUGAAAUUUGUUGGUUUGAUAUUGUAACAAACGAUAUUGGUAAUUUUGUUGUUUUAUAAUGCAUUUUAUUUUAAAUACUAAAUUAUUAAAGGGUCCUCAUAGGCGCACUGCACUACCGACCGACUACCGCGACCCAAACGUCAGCGGCCCAAACUACGUCACCAAAUUCGGUAACAAAUAUUAGCUUUAUCUGUCCCUUCUUAUACAUGUAUACUCAAUGGUAAAACUGUAAGAUAAACUGUAAUAGCCUAUAACUGAAAAUGUGCCUCUUAAAGUAAAUGUUUUAUAGUCACUGACACAAUUGAUUUUAAUCUCAUCAAAAUGAGACAUGGUUUCUUUGCUAUUUGAUCGGCUGUGAUUCAGUAUUCUAUCAUAGAACAUGACUUUUUAGGUUUCACUCAUAUGACUGCAACUAAUGUUUGCAAAAUAAAACAUUGAUUUAUUUAUUUGUAAAGCUAUAUUUAGUUGCUUUAAUACAGUACACAUUGUGUUCUACUUCUAUAAAAUAAUUCUAGGAGUACCUGUAAAAGUUUGUAAUUUGCACAUUUGUAAGUUUAUAUUUAAAUAAAUAUUGUAUUUUCAA